GCCUGGUUCCUCUCGGGUCCUUCCGGCGUCGCCGGAGUGAAUUGAUCCGGGAGUUGAAGAGGGCUCCAAAGGUGGGAAGUGAAGUCAGUGCCUCAGUUCCCGCCAUUUGUGUGGUGAUGAGUUUUCUUAAGCUCGAAAGAAUUUCCUCAAUAAAGGAAGGACUCACUGACCAUUUGGAAAAACAAGAAUCAGUUUCGGUUUAGGUCAGUGUAUGUUUUAUGCCCUAUUUUAUCACAAAAAAAGAGAAGAAAUACUGCAGUGAAUGAAGAUUCCUCUGCAUUUUAGCACUGCUUUUCUACUAUAGUUGGCCUUUGAAUGAGGAUGACAAUGGAAGAGAUGAAGAAUGAAGCUGAGACCACUUCCAUGGUUUCUAUGCCCCUCUAUGCAGUCAUGUAUCCUGUGUUUAAUGAGCUAGAACGAGUAAACUUGUCUGCAGCUCAGACACUGAGAGCAGCUUUCAUUAAGGCUGAAAAAGAAAAUCCAGGACUCACACAAGACAUCAUUAUGAAAAUUUUAGAGAAAAAAAGUGUAGAGGUUAACUUCACAGAGUCCCUUCUUCGAAUGGCAGCUGAUGAUGUAGAAGAGUAUAUGAUUGAACGACCAGAGCCAGAAUUCCAGGACCUAAAUGAAAAGGCACGAGCACUUAAACAAAUUCUCAGUAAGAUCCCAGAUGAGAUCAAUGACAGAGUGAGGUUUCUACAGACAAUCAAGGAUAUAGCUAGUGCAAUAAAAGAACUUCUUGAUACAGUGAAUAAUGUCUUCAAGAAAUACCAAUACCAGAACCGCAGGGCACUUGAACACCAAAAGAAAGAAUUUGUAAAGUACUCCAAAAGUUUCAGUGACACUCUGAAAACCUAUUUUAAAGAUGGCAAGGCAAUAAAUGUGUUCAUAAGUGCCAACCGACUAAUUCAUCAAACCAACUUGAUACUUCAGACCUUCAAGACUGUGGCCUGAAACUUGUAUAUGUUAAGAGAUGUACUUCUCAGUGGCAGUAUUGAACUGCCUUUAUCUGUAAAUUUUAAAGUUUGACUGUAUAAAUUAUCAGUCCCUCCUGAAGGGAUCUAAUCCAGGAUGUUGAAUGGGAUUAUUGCCAUCUUACACCAUAUUUUUGUAAAAUGUAGCUUAAUCAUAAUCUCACACUGAAGAUUUUGCAUCACUUUUGCUAUUAUCAUUCUUUUAAGAAUUAUAAGCCAAAAGAAUUUACGCCUUAAUGUGUCAUUAUAUAACAUUCCUUAAAAGAAUUGUAAAUAUUGGUGUUUGUUUCUGACAUUUUAACUUGAAAGCGAUAUGCUGCAAGAUAAUGUAUUUAACAAUAUUUGGUGGCAAAUAUUCAAUAAAUAGUUUACAUCUGUUAAACAUUUCUUUACUUGAAAAAAUACAUAUAUAUAUAUAUAUAUAUAUAUAUAUGAAUAUAUAUAUGAUCAGAAGACCAAGAUAACUUGGUAUAAUGUCUAAAGAACUUCUAAUGGGGACUUAUUAGCAGUUUAUCAUAAUAUAAAGCAAGAAUUCCUAUUUUUUUUGUCCUUAAUCCCUCUGGGCAAAAAGUCAGUGGAAAUAUUUUUGUUAUAUAUAUAUAUGAGGUACUGAUUAUUCUUCCAUUCCAUUUUAGGAGACUUUUGAGAAAGAAAUGGCAAUUUAUAGUGUUUUUUCACUCUCUAAUGCCACUUUUUGAAUUCGUAUGACAAUGUAAAAUUAAGUCUUUCUGGUAUGCUGGGCCCUAAUAAAUUUUGUACCUUUUGCUCCAAAAAUAGCCAACUAAUGGUAAUUGGAAGCUAUUCCAGUGCUAGUUUGAAAAUUGUCGUGAGUGUUAUAAAUAUUAUAUAUACUCUUUAAAUAUGUAUAGUUUCAUUUCACCAUAAAGACUUAAGGAACUUCUGUAUCAGGUAUUCAUGUUACUCAUUUUUCAGUUAUGGUAAAAUAAAAAUAUCACAGUUUACCUUUUA